AGGCCGAGCUCCCCAGGCCGAGGCCUCUCCCGAGUCUUCGCUGCGCGCCGCGCUCCGGGCGGACCAAGGGACGCGGGGACCGGCUGCGGCGGGCCCUGUGGAGGCCUCGCGGGGCCCGGGCCCGAUCUCCGAGCCGCGGGACGUUGCCCCAUCUGACGCUCGGCUCGAGGCCUCUCUGUGAGGGACCGGGGGGCCAUCCCCCUCCAGGGCGGAGAUCGGAGGUCACUGCCAAGCAUGGCGCCCACCUGGGGCCCUGGCAUGGUGUCUGUGGUUGGUCCCAUGGGCCUCCUUGUGGUCCUGCUCGUUGGAGGCUGUGCAGCAGAAGAGCCCCCCAGGUUUAUCAAAGAACCCAAGGACCAGAUCGGCGUGUCGGGGGGCGUGGCCUCUUUCGUGUGUCAGGCCACGGGUGACCCCAAGCCACGAGUGACCUGGAACAAGAAGGGCAAGAAGGUCAACUCUCAGCGCUUUGAGACGAUUGAGUUUGAUGAGAGUGCAGGGGCAGUGCUGAGGAUCCAGCCGCUGAGGACACCGCGGGAUGAAAACGUGUACGAGUGUGUGGCCCAGAACUCGGUUGGGGAGAUCACAGUCCAUGCCAAGCUCACUGUCCUCCGAGAGGACCAGCUGCCCUCUGGCUUCCCCAACAUCGACAUGGGCCCACAGUUGAAGGUGGUGGAGCGGACACGGACAGCCACCAUGCUCUGUGCAGCCAGCGGCAACCCUGACCCUGAGAUCACCUGGUUCAAGGACUUCCUGCCUGUGGAUCCUAGUGCCAGCAAUGGACGCAUCAAACAGCUGCGAUCAGGAGCCCUGCAGAUUGAAAGCAGUGAGGAAACCGACCAGGGCAAAUAUGAGUGUGUGGCCACCAACAGCGCCGGCGUGCGCUACUCCUCACCUGCCAACCUCUACGUGCGAGUCCGCCGCGUGGCCCCGCGCUUCUCCAUCCUGCCCAUGAGCCACGAGAUCAUGCCAGGGGGCAACGUGAACAUCACCUGCGUGGCCGUGGGCUCGCCCAUGCCAUACGUGAAGUGGAUGCAGGGGGCCGAGGACCUGACCCCCGAGGAUGACAUGCCCGUGGGUCGGAACGUGCUGGAACUCACAGACGUCAAGGACUCGGCCAACUACACCUGCGUGGCCAUGUCCAGCCUGGGCGUCAUCGAGGCGGUUGCUCAGAUCACGGUGAAAUCUCUCCCCAAAGCUCCCGGGACUCCCAUGGUGACUGAGAACACAGCCACCAGCAUCACCAUCACGUGGGACUCGGGCAACCCAGAUCCUGUGUCCUAUUACGUCAUCGAAUAUAAAUCCAAGAGCCAAGACGGGCCGUAUCAGAUUAAAGAGGACAUCACCACCACGCGUUACAGCAUCGGCGGCCUGAGCCCCAACUCGGAGUACGAGAUCUGGGUGUCGGCUGUCAACUCCAUCGGCCAGGGGCCCCCCAGCGAGUCAGUGGUCACCCGCACAGGCGAGCAGGCCCCGGCCAGCGCGCCGCGAAACGUGCAAGCCCGGAUGCUCAGCGCCACCACCAUGAUUGUGCAGUGGGAGGAGCCGGUGGAGCCCAACGGCCUGAUCCGCGGCUACCGCGUCUACUACACCAUGGAACCGGAGCACCCCGUGGGCAACUGGCAGAAGCACAACGUGGACGACAGCCUGCUGACCACCGUGGGCAGCCUGCUGGAGGACGAGACCUACACCGUGCGGGUGCUCGCCUUCACCUCCGUCGGCGACGGGCCCCUCUCGGACCCCAUCCAGGUCAAGACGCAGCAGGGAGUGCCCGGCCAGCCCAUGAACCUGCGGGCCGAGGCCAGGUCGGAGACCAGCAUCACGCUGUCCUGGAGCCCCCCGCGGCAGGAGAGUAUCAUCAAGUACGAGCUCCUCUUCCGGGAAGGCGACCAUGGCCGGGAGGUGGGAAGGACCUUCGACCCGACGACUUCCUACGUGGUGGAGGACCUGAAGCCCAACACGGAGUACGCCUUCCGCCUGGCGGCCCGCUCGCCGCAGGGCCUGGGUGCCUUCACCCCCGUGGUGCGGCAACGCACGCUGCAGUCCAAACCGUCAGCCCCCCCUCAAGACGUUAAAUGUGUCAGCGUGCGCUCCACGGCCAUUUUGGUAAGUUGGCGCCCGCCGCCGCCGGAAACGCACAACGGGGCCCUGGUGGGCUACAGCGUCCGCUACCGACCGCUGGGCUCAGAGGACCCGGAACCCAAGGAGGUGAACGGCAUCCCCCCGACCACCACUCAGAUCCUGCUGGAGGCCUUGGAGAAGUGGACCCAGUACCGCAUCACGACUGUCGCUCACACAGAGGUGGGACCAGGGCCCGAGAGCUCGCCCGUGGUCGUCCGCACCGACGAGGAUGUGCCCAGCGCGCCGCCGCGGAAGGUGGAGGCGGAGGCGCUCAACGCCACGGCCAUCCGCGUGCUGUGGCGCUCGCCCGCGCCCGGCCGGCAGCACGGCCAGAUCCGCGGCUACCAGGUCCACUACGUGCGCAUGGAGGGCGCCGAGGCCCGCGGGCCGCCGCGCAUCAAGGACGUCAUGCUGGCCGAUGCCCAGUGGGAGACGGAUGACACGGCCGAAUAUGAGAUGGUCAUCACAAACCUGCAGCCUGAGACCGCGUACUCCAUCACGGUAGCCGCCUACACCAUGAAGGGCGAUGGCGCUCGCAGCAAACCCAAGGUGGUUGUGACCAAGGGAGCAGUGCUGGGCCGCCCAACCCUGUCGGUGCAGCAGACCCCUGAGGGCAGCCUGCUGGCACGCUGGGAGCCCCCGGCCGGCACCGUGGAGGACCAGGUGCUGGGCUACCGCCUGCAGUUUGGCCGCGAGGACUCGACGCCCCUGGCCACCCUGGAGUUCCCGCCCUCCGAGGACCGCUACACGGCAUCAGGCGUGCAUAAGGGGGCCACGUAUGUGUUCCGGCUUGCGGCCCGGAGCCGCGGCGGCCUGGGCGAGGAGGCAGCCGAGGUCCUGAGCAUCCCGGAGGACACGCCCCGUGGCCACCCGCAGAUUCUGGAGGCGGCCGGCAACGCCUCGGCCGGGACCGUCCUUCUCCGCUGGCUGCCACCUGUGCCCGCCGAGCGCAACGGGGCCAUCGUCAAAUACACGGUGGCCGUGCGGGAGGCUGGUGCCCUGGGCCCUGCCCGAGAGACUGAGCUGCCGGCAGCGGCUGAGCCGGGCGCGGAGAACGUGCUCACGCUGCAGGGCCUGAAGCCCGACACGGCCUAUGACCUCCAAGUGCGAGCCCACACGCGCCGGGGCCCUGGCCCCUUCAGCCCCCCCGUCCGCUACCGGACGUUCCUGCGGGACCAAGUCUCGCCCAAGAACUUCAAGGUGAAAAUGAUCAUGAAGACGUCAGUUCUGCUCAGCUGGGAGUUUCCUGACAACUACAACUCACCCACACCCUACAAGAUCCAGUACAAUGGGCUCACACUGGAUGUGGAUGGCCGUACCACCAAGAAGCUCAUCACGCACCUCAAGCCCCACACCUUCUACAACUUUGUGCUGACCAAUCGUGGCAGCAGCCUGGGCGGCCUCCAGCAGACGGUCACCGCCUGGACUGCCUUCAACCUGCUCAACGGCAAGCCCAGCGUCGCCCCCAAGCCUGAUGCUGACGGCUUCAUCAUGGUGUAUCUUCCUGACGGCCAGAGCCCCGUGCCUGUCCAGAGCUAUUUCAUUGUGAUGGUGCCACUGCGCAAGUCUCGUGGAGGCCAAUUCCUGACCCCGCUGGGUAGCCCAGAGGACAUGGAUCUGGAAGAGCUCAUCCAGGACAUCUCACGGCUACAGAGGCGCAGCCUGCGGCACUCGCGUCAGCUGGAGGUGCCCCGGCCCUAUAUCGCAGCUCGCUUCUCUGUGCUGCCGCCCACGUUCCAUCCCGGCGACCAGAAGCAGUAUGGCGGCUUCGAUAACCGGGGCCUGGAGCCCGGCCACCGCUAUGUCCUCUUCGUGCUUGCCGUGCUUCAGAAGAGCGAGCCUACCUUUGCAGCCAGUCCCUUCUCAGACCCCUUCCAGCUGGAUAACCCGGACCCCCAGCCCAUCGUGGAUGGCGAGGAGGGGCUUAUCUGGGUGAUCGGGCCUGUGCUGGCCGUGGUCUUCAUAAUCUGCAUUGUCAUUGCUAUCCUGCUCUACAAGAACAAACCCGACAGUAAACGCAAGGACUCAGAACCCCGCACCAAAUGCCUCCUGAACAAUGCCGACCUCGCCCCUCACCACCCCAAGGACCCUGUGGAAAUGAGACGCAUUAACUUCCAGACUCCAGAUUCAGGCCUCAGGAGCCCCCUCAGGGAGCCGGGGUUUCACUUUGAAAGCAUGCUUAGCCACCCGCCAAUCCCCAUCGCAGACAUGGCGGAGCACACGGAGCGGCUCAAGGCCAACGACAGCCUCAAGCUCUCCCAGGAGUAUGAGUCCAUCGACCCUGGACAGCAGUUCACAUGGGAACAUUCCAACCUGGAAGUGAACAAGCCGAAGAACCGCUAUGCCAACGUCAUCGCCUAUGACCACUCCCGUGUCAUCCUCCAGCCCAUUGAAGGCAUCGUGGGCAGUGAUUACAUCAAUGCCAACUAUGUGGACGGCUACCGGCGUCAGAACGCGUACAUUGCCACGCAGGGGCCGCUGCCUGAGACCUUUGGGGACUUCUGGCGUAUGGUGUGGGAGCAGCGGUCGGCGACCAUCGUCAUGAUGACGCGGCUGGAGGAGAAGUCACGGAUCAAGUGUGAUCAGUAUUGGCCCAACAGAGGCACGGAGACCUACGGCUUCAUCCAGGUCACGUUGCUAGACACCAUCGAGCUGGCCACAUUCUGCGUCAGGACAUUCUCUCUGCACAAGAAUGGCUCCAGUGAGAAACGCGAGGUCCGCCAGUUCCAGUUUACGGCGUGGCCGGACCACGGCGUGCCCGAAUACCCAACGCCCUUCCUGGCUUUCCUGCGGAGAGUCAAGACCUGCAACCCGCCAGAUGCCGGCCCCAUCGUGGUUCACUGCAGUGCCGGUGUGGGCCGCACAGGCUGCUUUAUCGUCAUCGAUGCCAUGCUUGAGCGGAUCAAGCCAGAGAAGACAGUCGAUGUCUAUGGCCACGUGACGCUCAUGAGGUCCCAGCGCAACUACAUGGUGCAGACGGAGGACCAGUACAGCUUCAUCCACGAGGCCCUGCUGGAGGCCGUGGGCUGUGGCAACACAGAAGUGCCCGCACGCAGCCUCUAUGCCUACAUCCAGAAGCUGGCCCAGGUGGAGCCUGGUGAACACAUCACUGGCAUGGAACUCGAGUUCAAGCGGCUGGCUAACUCCAAGGCCCACACGUCACGCUUCAUCAGUGCCAAUCUGCCUUGUAACAAGUUCAAGAACCGCCUGGUGAACAUCAUGCCCUAUGAGAGCACACGGGUCUGUCUGCAACCCAUCCGGGGUGUGGAGGGCUCUGACUACAUCAACGCCAGCUUCAUUGAUGGCUACAGGCAGCAGAAGGCCUACAUCGCGACACAGGGGCCGCUGGCGGAGACCACGGAAGACUUCUGGCGCAUGCUGUGGGAGAACAAUUCGACGAUCGUGGUGAUGCUGACCAAGCUGCGGGAGAUGGGCCGGGAGAAGUGUCACCAGUACUGGCCGGCCGAGCGCUCUGCCCGCUACCAGUACUUUGUGGUAGAUCCGAUGGCAGAAUACAACAUGCCUCAGUAUAUUCUGCGAGAGUUCAAGGUCACAGAUGCCCGGGAUGGCCAGUCCCGGACUGUCCGGCAGUUCCAGUUCACAGACUGGCCGGAACAGGGUGUGCCAAAGUCGGGGGAGGGCUUCAUCGACUUCAUUGGCCAAGUGCAUAAGACUAAGGAGCAGUUUGGCCAGGACGGCCCCAUCUCUGUCCACUGCAGUGCCGGCGUGGGCAGGACGGGCGUCUUCAUCACGCUUAGCAUCGUGCUGGAGCGGAUGCGGUACGAAGGCGUGGUGGACAUCUUUCAGACGGUGAAGAUGCUACGAACCCAGCGGCCGGCCAUGGUGCAGACAGAGGAUGAGUACCAGUUCUGUUACCAGGCGGCACUGGAGUACCUCGGAAGCUUUGACCACUAUGCAACCUAAAGCCAUGGUCCCCCCCAGGCCCGACACCACCGGCCCCGGAUGCCUCUGCCCCUCCCGGGCGGACCUCCUGAGGCCUGGACCCCCAGUGGGCAGGGCAGGAGGUGGCAGCGGCAGCAGCUGUGUUUCUGCACCAUUUCCGAGGACGACGCAGCCCCUCGAGCCCCCCACCGGCCCCGGCCGCCCCAGCGACCUCCCUGGCACCGGCCGCCGCCUUCAAAUACUUGGCACAUUCCUCCUUUCCUUCCAAUUCCAAAACCAGAUUCCGGGGUGGGGGGUGGGGGGAUGGUGAGCAAAUAGGAGUGCUCCCCAGAACCAGAGGAGGGUGGGGCACAGACCCUAGACGGACCCCUCGUCCUCCCCCAGCGGUGGUAGGGGGACCCGGGGGGCUCCUCCCCGCUCUGCAGCCUGGGGACACUGGGCUGGGACCAGAAUCCAGCUUUCUUUUAAAACUCUCAGUGUAACUGUAUCCCGUGACAUUUCGUUUUUUUUAAAUAGUGUAUUUUUUUUCCUUUUUUUUUUUUUAAGAAAAACAAACAAAAGACUCGCCAGUCAAUGACUUUCAAAGAGAACAACUAACUUUGGCUUAUUCAUAUUCUGUUCAAAGACAGUCUAUUUUUUCACUGUAGAAAGCGUCCUUGUGUGAUAGUUACGUUCGCAAACGCGCACGCCGGGCCCAUGGCUGUACCGUGGCUUGCUUUUUUUUUUUUAAUUUUUCCUACCAUCAGAAAGUGUGCUUUGCUCACAGAAGAAGGGGAUGUCCUUUUUUCUUUCUUGGCUUUUUUUUUUCCCCCUUUUUGUUUCAUUUUUAUAAAUUAAAUUUUCAGACAUAUCAAAUACAGUUCUGAGGGUAAGGUCAUGGGGGAGCUCGGACCCAGUGGCGUUGGGUGCGGUUGAGGGGGACGCUGCUGUAAGGAGAGAGAUGACAGUGGGCCUCCUCUGAGAGCCUGAGCUGUCUCCCCGUCUCCCACCCCCAAGGAGACAGAGAGGAUCCUACUUCUUCGGGGACAGUGGCUGUAUGGCUGUGCUGCCCCACAUCAGGGACCCUUUCCCUCUGGGACUAUGGGGCAGUUUGGGAGCAAAACCAGAAGGACAGGACCCCCUCUACCCGCCUACCCUGAGCAAGCGAGUUGUUCCUCUUUGUACAAGGGCAGGUCUGCGGUUACUUUCAACACUGUUUAUUCCAGCGGAAGCAGCCGGGUGGUUUUCCCACCCCCGUGUAUGUAGAUAUAUCGACUUUGUAUUAAAGGAAGAUCGUCUGA